AUGGGGUGCACACCUUCCCACAGUGACAUUGUGAACAGUGUUGCUAAGAGUGGCAUUCAGUUUUUGAAAAGGCCCAAGGUGAUUCUGCCAGGGCGUCAGGUGGGCAAUGAAAGAUGUUCUAUCCCCUUGCUGCUUAGAAGCUCUACCUGCUAUGACUCUGGUGGUGAACAGCCUCAGGAACAGAGGCCAGCCGAAGAGCAGCCAAAUUCUAGGUGGAACCAAACCACAGCUGGUUUUUGUCAUGUCACGGGAGAUCCUGCUUCUGGCAAAAGAAAAGAUAUGGAAGGACUGAUCUUAGAAGCCAAAACCUCCUCAUCACAGAGCCACAUGGCUAAGAACAGUAGGUUUAAGACACAGAGCACCCAUGGGUCAGAAGGGGCAACUUUUUCUAAGGAAGAGAAUAAGGAAAAUAAUGCCCAAGAGACCUCCACAUGGGAAAAGAAGCCAAAAUGCCACAGGCUGUGCAAACAGGGCCAUUGCUGCCAAACUGUCCUUCCUCCUCAUGGGUCUGCAGGCAAAGUGGACUUUCCCGAGCUGCUGGUAAAGGCCCACCAUCAUGCUUACACCUACCUGCACUCCAGCCUCUCUAAAUAUGAAGCAAUGCUGUGCAUCAUUCAUCAGGCCACCCAGACCCAGGAGCUACUGCAGCCCAUGGUUAGCUUCCUGUUGCUGUGUUUUGGUGAGGUCAACCAGAUCUUGGGGGAGAUCUCCAAGGAUGGAGAAACACUCCUCCAGGAAGUUACGGCUGAUCUAGCUUGGCCAUUGAGGGAAGGAGAGCCCCAAGAGCAGCCAGAUCUCCUGCAGCAGCUCCUGCAGUACACAGUCAGCAAGCUGCAGGCACUCAGUGGCAUGGUGGCCUCACUCACCUGCAGCCUCCUGGAGAGCUCCAGCAGCUACUUCCACUCCACUGCAAGCCACUUGGAAAAGAAGUUGAGCAUAAAGAGGGGCAUGGAUGAGCAUCUCUCAAGGGUUUUGGGGCAACUAGAGAGCUUGGCAAGUGGCCACAGGGAUCUCAUGGUGCAGGGUCUCCCCUUGUGUUCUGAGGACAGUGGCAUUGGUGCUGACAAUGAAUCUGUGAAGUCCUUGGACAAACUGAGCAAGCAACCCAGCUGGGACUUUGUGCUGGAGCCCAUAGAACAGGAGCCAGUCGUUUCACCUCAUGUGGAAGCCAGGCCAUCAGGACAUGACUGGCAGCCAAGUCCCUUCUGGAUGGGUUCAGACAGACCUCAAGACUGUCCACUCUCAAGGUUUCCUAUAGCAAAGGUUCAGCCAGAAGCACAGAGUGAAGCAAGAAGCCAAUGUCCUUCCAACACAGGCCCAGAAUGUAUUCCUUCUGGGCCUUUGGGGCCAGGCAAAAGCACUCCAUAUGGGUCCCUUGGAAUUGGGGUCCCUGUGGAAGCACACCUAUCUAAAGGUUCUAGAUUGAUGGACACUCCAUCACUCAGUGAAGAUGAGGACAGCAUCCCAGAGGAGGAGGAGGAAGACGAAGUUAACAGCAUAUGUUGGGAUGCAUGGCAGGACACAGCUCUACUUCCAAGGCCACAGUCUUCACCUGCUGCCCGAGAAAGCACAUUUCAGCUUCAUUCCAGGAGGCUUAGGAACCCCCAGACCCAGGAAAUUAUUCUGAAGAUGAAGGAAGCAAUCAGUGAAAGGAUAAAAUUUGUUCCCGUGCCCUCUGGGCCCCAGGACUGGGCUGAAGAGGAAGACAGGAGGAUGGUAGUCCCACCAAGACCCAGCACAGUCAGUGGCAGCAGGAGGGCUCUCGUAAGGCAGAGGAGGUCCCAGUCAGAGGCGAGUCUUAAGAGCCACAUGGAGGAACCCACCCUUCAGGAGCUGCAGAGAGUCCAGAGAGACCUCAGCCAGAGGCUGGAGGCAUUCUACACACAGCGUCAGUGGCACAGCAAGGAGCAGAUUCUAAAACCCAGACGGGCUGCUUUGUGGCCAGAUAACAACUGCCGGGUGACCCCGACCAACACCAUCCGCAAGCUGAAGGCAUCCCUUACCAAGAACUUUAGCAUUUUGCCUAGUCAGGACAAGAGCAUUUUGCAGAAAUGCAGUUCCCACUCUACAGGUGAGCAGCCCUGGCAGGGGACAGCUGAGCAGCAUCCCAAUACCACCCUGUCAGGUGAGAAGGGAAGCCAGGCUCCUGAGGCCAAGGACUGCAACACCAGAGGCCAUCCCACCAGGACAUCAGUCAAGAAACUGAUUGAAACUUUCAGUCCUACUGAUAGUCUGAGAACACUGGGGGGUUCCAAGGACUCCGAGCCAAGCCUCUGCCUCCGGAAGUGGGGGGUUCCCAUCAUGCCUCCCAGAUUUCCCAUUUACCGGGGGCUUGCCCCUUUGUAUCCUAAGCCUCGCAUUUCUCCAGCAGCAGGCAGAGAUACACUCAAUGUGGGUACAGGCUGGAGGCCCUUCGCACCUAUCUUUCCCCCUCUGCUUACAGCAGAAGCCUCCAAGAGUGAGGACAUCAAUGGUGAGUCAGAGGAGGACCCAGAGCAUCUCCCUCCACCACCUCCAGAAAUCCUGAUGGACAAAUCAUUCACUUCUCUGGAGCCCCCAGAAAGCAAUGAGCCAGCAAGGAGCUCCCCUGAAGGGACCAGCAUGCCAGAGCUGGAAGAGGUUAGCCCUGGCAGGAGAACUUGGGCUUCCCCAAAGCUGAGAGCCUCCAUGAGCCCCAUUGACUUGCUGCCGAGCAAGGGCACCGCCAGCCCCACCAGACCCUGCAGCACAGGGCCAGGGAGCAGCAAGAGCAGCUGCAAUCCCAGAAAGCUUACCUUGAACUUGAACCACCCACAAGACACCAGCCAAGACCCAGAGGUGGAGGGUGGGACUCAGAGUCAGGCACAAGCAGAGAAGGUUACAAGUCUCUGCAAGCCUCCCCAGACGGCAUUACCUUGGCAAAACUCCAGCCACACAUCUGGGCAAAAACAGGACCUCAGAACCCAGCCUAGCCAGGCCUCAAGGCAAAUCCAAGACAGAAGCCCUAUGGUGGUCAGGAAGGCCUCUCCCACAAGGGCACCCCAUGCUGAGAAGAGACACCCGAGCCUGCCCUCCUUCCACAAGCCUGCCCAACCAAGUCUCCCCGUUGUGCAUAAGUCUCCCAGUCCACCACUUAGCACUGGAACUAUGAGCACCCCAGUUAGUCCCAGGGUGCUAAGCCCACCAACUGUGAAGAAACGAAUGUCCCCACCACCCCAGCACAAGCUGUCCAGCCCUCCCCCAGUGAGCCCACCUGUUCAGCACAAGGUCUCCAGCCCUCCUACCCAGAGCAGAGAAGCAAGUUCCCCUUCCUCUGGUCAGUCUCCUUCCCCACCAGUGUCUCCCUCUCAAGGGCGCAAAGAACCAGGAGAUUCUGAAGACAGUCCAGCAGCCAUGGCUAAAGUAUCUGGGAAUACAUGUUCCAUAUUCUGUCCAGCUACCUCCUCUCUGUUUGAAGCUAAGUUGCCACUCUCAAGAGCCCACCCACUGACCCCACCAUCUCUACCAUCAGAGGCUGGGGGCCCUCUCUGGACACCAACAGGGUGCUGGAGAAGCAGGUACAGGCCACGACUGAGGAUGGAGUCACAGAGGAGGGUGGCUCUGUGUGCCCUCAAUCCUCAGCCGUUCAUCAGAAGGACAGCUUCAGACCGCCAGCCGGGCAUCCGGCUGCGGCUGCCUGUCUCUGGCUACAGCAGUGCAGCUACUGAAGCCCAGCUCAGCCAAUGCAGCAGCAGUGAGAGCCCCAGGAAGGGUGCUGAGCCUUGGAGCAGCCCCUGUGGCCCAGAACUGAAGCAAAGACAUGCUUCUCCCCCAGAGCUCUAUGUGCUGGGCCAUGGGCUGCAGCCGGAGGACAAGCACCAACAUCAGCCAGAAGCACAGGCCCAGCGGGAAGAGGCAGCCUGA